AACAAAAUUUUUAACUUUUUUAGAAAUCUCUCUAUAAGCAGAAGUGGAGUAAGUAAACGUUGGGCCUUUGUGGGUCUCUCUCUGCAACGUCGCUGUUUUCAAAUAAUCCUAAAUCAAUUAAAUUCACAAGAAUCUGAUUUUGAACUGAUGAUUGUGUGAUGGUUCUGUUUUCUCUCUCUCCCUCUCUCUUUUCCUUUUAGUUCUUGCAAAUUGGAAAAAGUAAGAGUCUUUUUACCCGAGAAACUAGCAGUUUUCCCGAGAAAAUGAUUUGAAAAACCAGGUCCCUAAAGCUAAAGCUAAAAAAACGUAUACUACUCGUACUAGCAAAAGCUAAAGUAGUUGUAGAUGCCAAGUUUCGAUUUUUGAGCCUUUUAAGCUUUUUUUUUUUACUUGAUUUCGUUUUUCUCGUUUGGCUCCUCCUCCUCCUCCUUUUUUCGCCGAGCAAUUUAAUCCGUUUUCCCCGAGGAACUGUUUCGUAAAUUGUUUGCCGACACAAGAAAAAUCUUAGAUUUCUUCAAUCGGCCAUUUCUACAAUUUUUUUUUUUUUUUAAAGCUUCGAGCUUUUCCUCCGGAUCAUUUUCGAAAUGGGUCUGUGUUAUUCAGUAGAUCGAACCACUGGGAAGGAACCAGGAGAAACCAGCACCACCGCCUCUGCGACGGAGACGGCUGAUGAGAGGUUAGGAUCCGGACGGUGGCGGCGGCCGAGAGAUUUAAUGGGCGGCGGCGAAAUCGAACAGGUUUUGGGUCGCUUUGUUUCCAAUGGUUCUAGUAAGGUUGCAUGUCUUUACACUCAGCAAGGCAAGAAAGGGACUAACCAAGACGCCAUGCUUGUCUUUGAGAACUUUUGCUCGAGAGAUGAUACAGUGUUUUGUGGUGUGUUCGAUGGACAUGGACCAUUUGGUCAUAUGGUUGCCAAGAAAGUCCGAGAUACAUUGCCCUUCACACUCUCAACUCAAUUGAAAAUGACCUUGAAUACGGAACAAAGCGGGUUAGUGAUGAAGGAGAAUGAUUUGCAAACCAAAGGUACAGAGGAAGAAGAAGAAGUGCAGAAAUCUGAGUCCGUUACUACUAUGGAUGAGCAAUGGUGUGAGCUAAAUCCAAAUGAGAACAAUGAUGAACUUCCCGAAAUGUAUCUGCCUCUUAAACAUGCGUUGCUUAAGUCUUGUCAGCAGAUAGAUAAAGAGCUUAAAAUGCAUCCAACUAUUGAUUGCUUCUGCAGCGGAACAACUUCAGUCACUUUGAUCAAGCAGGGUGAGCAUUUGGUGGUUGGAAAUAUUGGUGACUCGAGAGCCGUUCUUGCCACAAGAGAUGAAGACAAUGCUUUGCUCGAUGUACAGUUAACCGUAGACUUAAAACCGGAUCUGCCAGGUGAAUCAGCGAGAAUCCAGAAAUGUAAAGGAAGAGUCUUUGCAUUGCAAGACGAGCCUGAGGUAGCUCGUGUAUGGUUACCAAACAGUGAUUCACCUGGUUUAGCAAUGGCUCGAGCUUUUGGAGACUUUUGUCUUAAAGACUACGGAUUNCGAAGCACAGCGGCUCGAGCUUUAGUGGACACAGCGGUUCGAUCAUGGAGAAUCAAGUACCCAACUUCCAAAAACGAUGAUUGUACUGUAGUCUGCCUCUUUCUACAAGAUUCAUCAGUAGCCGUGGAAGUUUCAAGCAAUGUAAUGAAGCAUUCACACAAAGAAGAGCCCAUAAGGAGUGUUAGUAACAGUAUAAGCAAUGAGGAUGACGAGAUUGUCCCCGUUAAAGAAGACAAAACCCCUGCGAGUUUCGGGGUUGAGUCGAAGAUGAUGACAAUGACACUUGCGGAGUGUAUUUCGGUGGCACAGGAUGAUGAGGAAUGGUCUGCUUUGGAAGGGUUGACGAGGGUGAAUAGUCUCUUGAGCAUUCCAAGGUUCUUCUCUGGUGAGCUUAGAUCAACUAGUUGGAGAAAAUGGUUGUGACUUUUUUGACUUGUGGAUUCUAUGUUAAGGCCGACAAAAACACUUCAUAUCACGAUGUUCUUUUGUUUCAUAUCCAACUUUUUUUCUUCUUUUCAUGGAAGUUCUUUGCAAAUAUAUAAUGUUCUUUUGUUUCAAUACAUUUCAUACAUGUGAGAUUGU